AUGAUCAGAAAUUCGAAUUACACAAGCUUUGUUUGCUGUGCCGUUUGUGAUAAAAUAAUCCCACCAGCCCCUUUUGGGGAAACCUUCAAACGGAUCCACGAAUACAAGCCAUUUAAGACACGUUUUUACACUCACAAAGAUAUACUGGAUAUUGGGGCAGAUAUUUUGAAGAAAGAAAAGGAAUUUCAAGAAGCUCUACUCGAAGAACUUAUUGCAAAAGCAGAAGCUGAUAUAUGGGCUCAGGCUAACGAACGUCAAAAACAAGCAGUGGAGAAAGCCCUUGAAGAAGCAAAUGACAGACACAAAAUUAAAAUUCAGAAUCUGGAAGAGGAACAUCAAAAAAGUUUACAGGAAAUGGCAGCUAAAACCAAGAUAGAGAUGCAUCAACACAUGGAAGAUGAACUGACCAGAGAACACUUGGCUGCGCAACAACGCAUGGUCCACAGAAUCCAAAGGAUUAUGAUGGAAUGCCACAGGGAGAAGAUCGCGGCUGUGGAGAAAGCCAGGGCUGAAGAGAGACAGAAGACCCGCGAAGCAGUGCAGGACCAGAGAAGAAAGACCGUGGAGGAACUUGUGAAUACCGGUGUGACGGCUCUGAAUGACCAGUCGAAGAAUAUGAGCUACUUGAUAAGGGAAAAAGAACAUGAACUGAAUGUCUACUGUAGCAUGGCUCAGAGGCAGAAGCAGGAGGAGGUGCAGGAAGUGCUUCAAGAAGCAGAGAAAAUACAUCAGGCCUCGCUCGGAACUAUGAUGGAUAAGCUGGUCAACACUCAGGGGGAGCUGCUGUCCAUAGCGAAGCAACUGGGAAUCAUGACAAACUGGAAAGAUUUCCUGGAGGAGGAAUUACAGGAAACGAGGGUGGCAUUUCAAAAGUACAUCAAUUAUACAUUUCCUAAGCUUUCUCCAGGACAGGCAGAUUUUAUUCUGCCAGAAAGAAAGAAAACACCUUCCAAUCUUAUUGCUCCGGCGGACAAAGCAACUCUUGAUUAG